AUGGCGCAGUUACCGAAGUUAAAGAUCAAGGUAUUGCUCUAUUUUAUAUCACAGAGCUCGAAAUUAUCAUAUACUCAAAACCAGCUGAAGUAUGUCAGUGUGGAAGCUGUUGGGCGUUUCUGUGUCACAGGAAAUAUCGAAGGCCAGUGGUACCUGGCCAAAAAGGAACUUGUGUCACUUUCGGAACAACAGCUCCUCGAUUGUGAUACCGUUGACUGGGGAUGUAGCGGUGGACUGCCUAUCAACGCUUACCAGGAGAUCAUUCGCAUGGGCGGCCUGGAAUCGGAAGACGAUUACCCGUACGAAGCGAAGGAAAAGCAAUGUCAUCUUAUCCGCUCGAAUAUUCUCCGUUAG